AUGAGUAACUUCAACGAUAAGGGCCAAGAGGCCAAGAAGCCAUCCAUGGACGGCCUCGUCAAAACCAUGUCCGUGCUGCUAAGGGACAAUGAAUGUGCUUUCAAUUUGGAAGAGCAGGAAGGUCAACGAAGCCCAGGUCAAAGGCCGGUCGACAAAAAAGACAGUGAGAUGAUUGACUGUUUGAUGCAAAAGCUAACCUCUAAAAAGUUCCUAGUGGAAAAGGAAAUGAAGAAUUCCUUCUACCUUGUAGAUAAUGAAAAUAUGAAGAUAAAAAAGCUAAAGGAACAUGGUGAUUCGGCAUCCCUAAAUGAUGAUUUGAGUCCUCUACAAUAUGAAAGGAUAAAGUACCAACCAACAUUACCCAAGGCAUUGGCAAGUGAGUAUCAGGUGUUAGAAGAAAACCACGGGGAUGAUUUUAUUAACAAAAAAGAUUAUGAGGAUGUGAAAAAAUAUUUGAAGAAUUUACACAACUUACCCUUUUUGAACGUAAAGGAAACGAAUAACCAUGAAUCUUUUAAGGGAGGAAAUGUAUUGAAAAUUGGAAUUAUUUUAUCUGGUGGUCCUGCGCCAGGUGGACACAACGUCAUAUCGGGUAUAUAUGAUUAUGCGAAGAGGUACAACGAGCAAUCACAGGUUAUUGGCUUUUUAGGAGGCAUAGAUGGUUUGUAUAGUAAAAAUUACGUCACCAUAACGGACUCAUUAAUGAAUCGGUUUCGUAACCUGGGUGGCUUUAACAUGUUGUGGUCAGGACGAGGAAAGGUCAGGAAUAAAGACGAUUUGAUUGCCAUUGAAAAUAUUGUUGCCAAGUUGAAAAUGAAUGGGUUGGUAAUAAUUGGAGGAGAUGGAUCAAACAGUAACGCAGCAUUGAUCUCUGAAUAUUUUGCUGAGAGGAAAAUUCCCAUUUCUGUUAUUGGUAUUCCUAAAACCAUCGAUGGGGAUUUAAAAAGUGAAGCAAUUGAAAUUAGCUUUGGAUUUGAUACUGCCACGAAGACGUACUCUGAAGUGAUAGGCAAUUUAUGUACAGAUGUGAAGACAGGACAUAAUGUAUAUCACGUUGUGAGAGUGAUGGGAAGGUCUGCUUCCCAUGUAGUGUUGGAGUGUGCUUUGCAGACAAGGCCAAACAUAGUCCUCAUAGGAGAAGAAGUAGAGAAGGAAAAAUGGUCCCUAAAGGAUAUCGUUAGUAACAUUGUUAAUACUAUACUGAAGAGAAAAUCACUGAAUAAAAAUCAUGGAGUUAUUUUAAUCCCCGAAGGAUUAAUCGAAUUUGUACCUGAAAUGAAAUUGUUGAUUGGUGAGUUGAAUGUCAUUUUGAAGGAAGGUCCAUUUGAUGCGAACAAAUUGAAGAACUCUAGGGAAGUUUGGGAUUUCUUACCUAGCAUCAUCCAAGAUCAGCUUUUAAUGGAUAGGGAAUCGACGGGCUAUAUUCAAGUGGGCAAAAUUGCAACAGAGAGAUUAAUCAUUGUCCUCGUUGAAUCUGAAUUAGCAAAACUUAAAGACAAUAGUUUGAAUAUUCAGUUCAUGGCUCAUUAUUUAGGAUAUGAGGGUAGGUGUGCCACCCCUUCCAAUUUUGACUGCAAUUAUUGUUAUGCUCUGGGGUACAAUGCUGCUUUGUUAAUUGACCAUAAGAAAACAGGGUACAUGUCUAUUAUACAAAACUUAGAGGAUUCCUAUACCAAUUGGAUCCCUGCGGCCAUUCCAUUUUUGCGUAUCAUGCAUGUGAAUAGGGACAAUACAGGGAAGGAGUUCCCCGCUGUGAAGAGAUACCUCGUAGAUUUGGACAGCCCACUUUUUAACGUAUUGAAAGAAGUUCGUAAUUUAUGGUCCCUAUAUGAUUUAUAUAGAGCUCCUGGCCCUAUUCAGUUCAAUGGGCACUUGAGUAAUUCCAGAUGCUACACGGUGAAGAUACCCACGAAGAAUACACUCCUGUGUCAGAACGCAGAGGAAUUGCAAAUGAUUAUUAAUUUGGCUAAUAAGACGAACCAUGUGGGGGGUAGCAAUGUUGUUGGUGGGGCUGAUGUGGAGGGAGACAACCAGAUGGGUAUUAGUGCCAUUUCCAACGAUGGGAUGAACAGGGGGAAGGAACAUGGUGCGAUUAAUGCUAUGUGUAAAGCGACUCAGGAGAACUCUCUACCCAUGCACAGCAAACAAGGGGGAAAUGACUCGGGAGCCGUGGCAGGGAAGAUUGCCCACCCCGACUUGGCAAGCGAUGCAAGUGCCAAUGCAGAUCAAGAGGAAAAUGAAUUUUACGAACAGCAUUGCUCAAGUUACAAGUCGUUAGGAUGCAUGUCCGAGUUGCAGACCUCCAGGCUAUACAACAAGUUGAUGCUUCCUGAACUAUGCACAGAUUUGAAAGCCAAAGUGAGGGCAGGAAAGCAGUACAUAUCGAGUGACCCCUACACACAGAAGCAGAUCCUAUCCAACUACCCCCACAUGUCAUAUGAAAAUAAAUUUCAAAUUCAAGAAAUUUUUCAUGACAAGUAUGCCACUCCAAUAUCAUUUGAAAUAAAAAUAGGAAUUGUAUUUUUGUCACGACAAGCACCAGGAGCGAUGAAUGUGUUAUGUGGUCUGUACCACCGACUGAAAUUGUUAAAAGGGGUCUGCAUUGCCUUUUACGGACUGUAUGGUUUACUAAACAAUAAGUAUAUCAUUAUAGACGACGACAACAUAGCCAAGCAUAUGAACCAAGGAGGGUUAGAGUUAACAGGAAUUUCUCCUGAGCAUUCCUUAUUUGAUAAAGAGAAUCGAAAUAAGGUAUGUGAGACAGUAACCAAUUUGCAACUCAACGGUUUGGUGAUGCCUGGUUCAAAUGUUACCAUUACAGAAGCAGCACUCUUGGCUGAAUAUUUCCUAGAGAAGAAAAUCCCUACCUCCGUUGUCGGUAUCCCACUAACAGGAUCGAACAAUUUGAUUCACGAGCUGAUAGAAACGUGUGUAGGUUUUGACAGCAGUACGAAGGUAUAUGCAUCACUCAUUGGAAAUGUUCUAACAGAUGCAGUUAGUAUGCCCAAGUAUUGGCAUUUCAUUCGUCUAAUGGGACGAUCUCCUUCUCAUGAAGUUCUAGAGUGUGCGUUGCAGACUCAUCCUAACAUGGUAAUCAUUUCGGAGGAGUAUGGAGCUGCUGAUAAAACAUUGUGGAGGGUUGUUCAAGACAUUGCAGAUGUGGUUUGUGCAAGAGCUGAAUUGGGAAAGAACUACGGUACGGUAUUGAUCCCGGAUGCGCUACUCAUGCAUUUACCUCAUAUGAAGAUUCUACUAACCGAAAUUAGUGACAUACUGAACGAUGCUAAUGAGAAGGGGAAAUUGGUCGAGGCGAGGAAUGACUUGGUGAAUUUGUCGACCACGCAGAGUGGCACAACAGGGGGAGCAGGAGCAGGAGCAAAAGCUGGGGUUGCAUCCGGAGCAACGUCGACAGACGCACAACCCGUGUCUACCUCCCCAUGGGUUGAAAAAUUGACCCCGUGGAGUUUAGCCCUGCUGAAGACAUUCCCCCAAUUCAUCAUUAAGGAACUGCUGCACGUGGAUUUGAGAUCCAUGAGAUUUGAAAAGUUAGAAACAGAACAGUUGCUUUUACAAAUGGUGAAGGAAGAACUCCAUCAGAGGAAACAACAGGGAAAAUAUUCAGGAGUCUUCAUGGGAUUGACUCACUUCUUUGGUUACCAAGGCCGUUCAUCCCUGCCAUCUGAAUUUGAUUGUAAAUUGGCUUAUUCCUAUGGCCAUGCUGCUUCUAUAGUGAUUGAAAGUGGGCUCACAGGAUAUAUUGUCUCGAUAAGGGGGCUCUGUGGUAAUAUUAAAGAUUGGAAAAUGUUUGCCAUUCCCUUUAUAUCGUUGAUGAAAAUUUUGCCCAGAGGACAGGGCAGUAAGUAUUUGAAGAGCGCUUCUAAAGGAGACCUCCCUGUUAUUCCUAGUGCCCCUGUUGACCUGAACGGCAAGGCGUAUAGAAGUUUAAAAAUUGCUUUGCAAAAGUGGCAGAUGGAGGAUAGAUUCUGUAAUCCAGGACCCAUCCAGUUUGAAGGAAAUGCAUCUAACUAUUAUAACCGCAUUUUGUUUGAAGAGCAGUCUGAGUACUUUGAGAUGCUUCGUUACGUGGAGUGCUACGCGAACAUACUGAAGGAUACGUGCCGUUUCGGUGUUUCAGCGGACUACCUAAAAAACGUAUUCGUGCAGUUGUGUGGUAUGCUUGUUCUCGCUUACAAGCCAAACGACAUUCUCUCCAACAUGCCCUACAUCGGCAGCAUCGAGGAUUACUAUGAUUGGGAGAAUCAGCGCAAGAGGAUGGACUAG